AUGUCAGUAUCUCUGAUUCUGCUGCUCGUCGUCACUUCCCUGGCUCUCAACCCCCCAACGUGCUAUGGCAGCAACAUCUCCAUCGGGGGUUUAUUCGCCACUGAGCUUGGUGGUCGGUAUUGGGAGAACGAGGCAUUGUCCGCAGCAAGGAUUGCUGUUCUGAACAUCAACGGAGACUCGACCAUCCUAUCCGGCGUCAAGUUGACUCUGAAUCUUGUCGACACUUCUAUCGCAGAGUCCUUGUGUACAAUCAGCAAUGUCUCGACACAAUCCAUCGCUGCUGUCAAGGAGAAUCUGUUGAGAUCAACAAUAGAGCAGGAGAUCAAUCGAAGUAAACCUGUUGCAAUGAUCGGACCAGCAUUCACCAAUGAAACUAAGAUGGUGACCAGGAUAUUGGACUCGCACGGUGUAUUGCUGAUGGGGUACAGUAGCGAUGACACGGCGUUCUCAGACAAGUCUUUGUAUCCUCUGUACUCGAGAGUUUGCCCUUCUGUUGCCGACUCAGGAAAGGCAUUGGCAGACAUCGCAGAGUUGUUGAAGAUCCGCAGCUGCCAGAUCAUUGUCGAGAAUUCUCAUGCCUACUCUGAUAUUUCACAAUCGUUCCAGGCCGCUGUUCUUGGGAAGGUCAGGAUCGAAAAGAAUUACACUUGGAACUUUGGGAACGAGACGGAACUGAAGGUAUUGGUUAGAAAUUUCUCAAGGCUCUCAAUGCUUUCAACCAACGUCUUUCUUUUCAUGUCGACUGGGUCCAAGAUCGCCUUCUUCAACGAAGUUGAGCUGAUACAAGUAUCCGACGAGUACUCCUGGCUCAGCACUGACUUUGACGUGCCGCUGAACGCCAAGCAUCUCCCGGACUCAUACAUCGGAAUCUCUUACCAAGCCAACACGACGACUGCUGCCUUCCAGAAGUUGCAGAGUGUGUGGACGUCGCUGCCCAGCAGUUCAUACCCGGGGUUGGAACAACUCGCAAGCAAUGUGUACAUAUCAGCGGCAUACGAUGCUGUUUACGCAGUCGCACACGCAUUGGAUGUGGUGGUGAGGAGUGAUGCUGAGCAGGCAUGGAACUCGACGGCAAUGCUGGGGGCGUUAAGCCAGGUGAAGUUUGAAGGAGCCAGCGGCUACAUUUCGUUCAACUCCAACAACGAUCUUGGAGUCACCAGAUUUGUUAUCAACAGCAAGUCCGGGCAGAAGUUCUUCAGCCUCGGUGUAUGGACGAGCACAGCUGGAGUGCAGGUGGACGGGCAGCAGCUUCAAUCCAUCCUCAACGGAAAGCCGGAGUCGUACAUCAACGUCGGGGGGAUCUUCCAGUACUGGUCCAGGGAGCAUGCGGCAGCCGCCCUGGUGGCGAUCGAGAGGAUCAAUCGCAACGUGACGCUCCUGCCUCAGAUCAAGCUGUUCCUUCAACUUCAAAACAUCACGCCAGUCAGAGCGAUUCCACCACAGAACUACCUCAAGACCUUCUUCUUCGAGGCCGUCAUGAACAACCUGACUGACCCGCCCCCUGGAUCAGCUCCUGUGAUGGCUGCUGCUGGCGUCGGGUACAGCAACGACGUUGAAGUCUUCUCGCCGAUGUUCACGCAAGACAAGCGGCUGCUGGUGAGCCACACAGCUGCCAGCCCUGCGUUCUCCAACAAGGCUCUCUAUCCUUUCUUCUCCCGAGUCUGCUACUCAAGCGCGGUCGAGGCGAUCGCGCUGGCGGAUCUGACGGCCUACAUAGAAGCUACCUCGAUCAAGCUGAUCACGUGUGAUGACUCUUACUGCCAAGGCCUGGCGAACAACUUCAAGUCCCGGGUCAAGACCAACUCAGUCAAGAUAGCAGACGAGUUAGUCCUUGCUACGGCUGAGAGCAGCUUCGUGGCUGACAACAACGGAGUUGUACUGAUGCAGAACUUUGCCACCAAGACCUGCAACACGACAGUGAUCGUUCUGUGCAUCCAUUACUACAUCGCUCAAGAGAUCUUCAUCGCCUUCAACAAGUUGAACCUCACCUCCAACUUCACCUGGAUAGCAGGAGAAGACGUCUCCACCGCCGACCCAUCCCUCCUGCCCAAGGGGAUCCUUUCUCUCCGAAGCUACAUCCCUGAUCCCAGCCCGCAGCUGGACGCCAUGAUCAACUUCUGGAAGCAGUUGGAUGUGUCAGGGUACGAUACCGUCAUGCAGCAGAAUUUCAAGUCAGGCCUGCAGGAGAUGAUCAACAGAGGCCAGCAGCAUAUCUACAUCGUGUUUGCAUAUGAUGCCAUCUACGCCAUCGCGCAUGCCAUCGGCUACUUGUUGUCACAGGGGAAUGUCAUCUUGGACGGGACUCAGGUCAGGAAUGCUCUCAGGAGCGUUCGCUUCGAUGGCGCAUCCGGGGCUGUCUCCUUCGACCAGAACCUGGACAGGCUGGGCGGCUCCUACCUGGUCAUCAACUAUGCGAAGGAAGGGUGGAAGGAGAUCGCAAGGUGGUACAGCAACGAGAUCCAUCCCAUCUAUCUAGAGUCUCUGCCUUACGACAAGUGGCUGCAAGACGCGGUUAUGUGGCCUGGAGGACAGAUCCACAUCAACAGGUCCAUCUGCUCCCUGGGGGCCUCGCAGUCCAACAGCAGCAUGAUCCUCGUCGUCUCCCUUCUCGCUGCCGCCCUCGCCAUCUGCUCCCUGAUGAGCUUCGGCCUGUGGUACUCGCUGGUGCAGAGGCGCAAGAACAUGACGGACGGGCUGCCCAAGAGGUUUCGCAAGCAGAUCGAGUACGUGCGGCAUCGCCUGUGCCUGACUGAAGAAGACGGGUUCCUGCUCAACUCUGAGAAGAAAGGCUUCUUCGACAGGCGCAAAGGCGUGCAGACGAUCGAGAAGAGGUUCCUGGAGGCAUGCGCUCACUUCUCGCUCUUCGAGGACUUUGAGGCCAAGCACGUCGACGCCCUCUACGAGUUUCUCAGCGAGCUCCGCGACGGCCUGCACAAGCGCGAGACCCCGAGCCUGUCUCGGUUCAGCAUGCGGAGGCUGAGCACAGGGGUGGGCUCGGAUGCUGGGGAGCUGCACCUCAACGGAGUGAGUCACGAAGAGUACGUGAUACACAACGAUCACUGCAAGCUGCUGCACGACUUCGUGCUGGAGACCUGUCAGAAGCUCCUCCGACCCACCAACUCCUUCCAUGACAACGAUGAGGCCCAGCAGGAGCCCCAGGGGUACGACCUGACGCUCGAGCUGAGCUCCAUAGCGAGCGAAGAUGGGGAGAUAGCUUCCAGCUUGAGGAGCUCUGAGCUCUUCACCGAUGACUUCGAGAGAAGAUUUGCCUUCUUCGUGGAGAAUGUGCUGAAGAUGAACAUGUGGAAGGAGCAGGGGAUGGAUCUGUUCCACAAGCUCAAGGGCAUCAUUCAGAAGCUCCUCGACAUCCUCGCUCACUUUUGCCACAUCCGCUACAUGGAGAUCUAUAGCGACCCCUACGGCAAGGAGCUGAUCGCAAGGACAGGAUACCUCACGAGCAACUACGACGACACCCGUCAAGACUCCCCGGCGAUUGGGGCUGUGCGCGUGAGCGAGGAGGACCUGCUGGAGCUGGAGUUUCAGAAGCACAAGAACCUCUUUCACUCCUCCACCUCUGGGCUGUUGAUGAGCAACGAAACCAACUUCGUCUCUCAGCUCCACACCCGAGCAGAGCUGCUCGACCUCCCCUUCAAGAAGAGGGUCUACCAGAUCCUCAUGCAGCACUCCUCCAUCCAGGACCUCCCCCCUCCCGACUUCUCCAGCGUCGUUCACCUCACCUGCGCGUUCUCCGACGGCGUCUCCUCGGUCGAUCUCUUCCCCGGCCGCAUCAAGACGCGCGAACGAAUGCACGACAAGCUGUCCAAGUACACAAACGAGGCGUACAAGUGCUCCUGGCCCUACUGCGCCCGCAUCCUCGACCCGAUCCGGGUGUCAGUUGUGUGCGAGGGGCCGCAGUACCUGCUGGAGGUGUACCGGUGGUUCUCAGCUCCUGACACAGGGAUGCCGAUCUGCCGGGUCAAGAACAAGUUUGACCCGGGCUACCUCUCCGACGGCUACCGCGACCUGACCCUCUGCGUUGUCUUCACCGAUGACCUCGGGCUGAGGAUCAUCGCGGAGAUUCAGCUGCACGAUAAGAGAAUCCACGAUCUCAAGCUCAAGAUGCACCGAUUGUACAAAGUGAAACGAGCCGACACUCCCGAUGUCAAGUGA